GGAGGUUCCGGGAACCCUCGGGGCGCUCUGGCGACUGCCAGGGCUGCCGGGGUGCCUGAGAGCCCGGGAGCCCGCGAGUCCGCAUAGACCAGGCCGCCCGGCCGAGGGGGCGGGCCCGCAGCCGGGGCCUCGCUUCCGCCCGCGCUGCGCUGCGCCCGCCACCUCCCGGCCGCUCUCUGGGGCCGGCCUCGCGGGGCCCGGAGCCGUGAGCCGCCGAGCACGCCGGCAUGCUGCAGAAGCGGGAGAAGGUGCUGCUCCUGAGGACCUUCCAGGGCCGGACGCUGCGGAUCGUGCGGGAGCACUACCUGCGGCCCACCGUGCCCUGCAACAGCCCGCUCUGCCCGCAGCCCGCCGCCUGCCGCAACGAUGGGAAACUCUUGUCUAGUGAUGUGACUCAUUAUAUGAUCCCAGAUUGGAAAGUUGUUCAAGAUUACCUGGAGAUCCUUGAGUUCCCAGAGUUGAAGGGAAUUAUUUUCAUGCAGACGGCUUGUCAAACGUUGCAGCAUCAAAGAGGCCGCAGACAGUAUAACAAAUUGCGACAUCUCUUGAAGGAUACGCGUCAUGACUGCGUUCUCUUUGCUAAUGAGUUCCAGCAGCACUGCUAUCACCCUCGAGAGAGAGGAGAAUCCAUGGAAAAUUGGCAGACCAGGAGCAUAUACCGCGCCGCGGUGUGGUACUAUCACCACUGCCAGGAUAAGAUGCCAAUCGUUAUGGUGACAGAAGACGAAGAGGCAGUCCAGCAGUACGGAAGUGAAACGGAAGGAGUGUUUGUGAUUUCCUUCAAGAAUUACCUGGACAAUUUUUGGCCCGACUUAAAGGCCGCCCACGAGCUCUGUGACUCUAUCCUUCAGUCUAGACGGGAAAGAGAGAACGAGAGUCAGGAGAGCCACGGGAAGGAGUACACAGAACAUCUUCCCCUGGAAGUGUUAGAAGCCGGCAUUAAAUCUGGACGCUACAUCCAGGGAGUCCUGAAUGUCAACAAACACAGGGCACAAAUAGAAGCUUUCGUUCGACUUCAAGGAGCCAGCUGUAAAGAUUCAGGUUUAGUCAGUGACAUCCUUGUCCAUGGAAUGAAGGCUCGAAAUCGCUCGAUUCAUGGAGAUGUGGUAGUUGUGGAACUCCUGCCUAAAAAUGAAUGGAAAGGAAGAACGGCUGCCCUAUGUGAGAAUGACAGUGAUGACAAGGCCUUGGGAGACCCCCCAAGUGAGCCCAUGCCCACAGGCAAAGUGGUGGGCAUCCUUCAGAAGAACUGGCGGGAUUACGUGGUGACAUUUCCAUCCAAAGAAGAGGUCCAGUCUCAGGGCAAAAAUGCUCAGAAAAUCCUAGUUACACCUUGGGAUAACAGAAUUCCCAAAAUCCGCAUCAGCACUCAGCAAACGGAAGCGCUACAGGACUUCCGGGUGGUUGUGCGCAUUGAUUCCUGGGAGUCGACAUCCCUGUACCCAAAUGGACAUUUUGUGCGUGUUUUAGGCAGAAUCGGGGACCUGGAAGGGGAAAUCGCGACCAUCCUGGUGGAAAACAGCAUUUCGGUUGUCCCUUUCUCCGAAGCUCAGGUCUGGUUUCCCGGAGUCCUUUGGUCUGGUGAAAGACAUUCUAUGUGUGAAAUGCCAGUCAACACACCAGAAAAUCCCUGGAAGGUGAGUCCAGAAGAGGAACGAGAACGGAAAGACUUGAGGGAAACCCAUCUCGUGUUCAGCAUUGACCCAAAAGGCUGCGAAGAUGUGGACGACACGCUCUCAGUCAGAACCUUAGCUAACGGCAACUUGGAACUUGGGGUCCACAUUGCAGACGUAACGCACUUUGUGCCACCAAAUUCUUACAUCGACAUCGAAGCUAGGACAAGGGCCAUCACUUACUAUUUAGCGGACCGUCGCUAUGACAUGCUGCCCUCCAUCCUCAGCGCUGAUCUGUGCUCCCUUCUGGGAGGCGUUGAUAGGUAUGCCGUAAGUGUCAUAUGGGAAUUGGAUAAAACCUCCUAUGAAAUUAAGAAAGUGUGGUACGGCAGAACCAUUAUUCGAUCAGCAUACAAACUAUUUUAUGAAGCAGCCCAGGAACUGCUGGACAGAAACUUCCACAUUGUUGAUGAUAUUCCAGAAUUCAGAGACUUGGAUGAGAAGAGCAGACAAGCCAAGCUAGAGGAGUUGGUGUGGGCCAUUGGAAAGUUGACUGAAAUAGCACGCCACAUCCGGGCUAAGCGAGACCGUUGCGGGGCCCUGGAAUUAGAGGGGGUAGAGAUUCGUGUUCAGCUGGAUGAAAAAAAGAACAUCCAUGACCUCAUCCCCAGGCAGCCCCUGGAAGUCCACGAGACAGUGGCUGAAUGCAUGAUCUUGGCCAACCACUGGGUAGCCAAGAAGAUCUGGGAGAGUUUCCCUCAUCAGGCCUUGUUGCGCCAACACCCUCCUCCACAGCAGGAGUUUUUUUCUGAACUGCGAGAAUGUGCUAAAGCAAAAGGCUUCUUCAUAGAUACACGGUCCAAUAAAACACUGGCUGAUUCUCUGGAUAAUGCGAAUGACCCCAACGAUCCCAUCGUAAACAGAUUGCUGCGAUCCAUGGCCACGCAGGCCAUGUCUAACGCACUUUAUUUCUCUACUGGGUCGUGUGCGGAGGAAGAGUUCCAUCAUUAUGGCCUUGCAUUAGAUAAAUAUACUCACUUUACGUCUCCGAUAAGAAGAUACUCAGAUAUCGUAGUACACCGAUUGCUGAUGGCAGCCAUUUCAAAAGAUAAGAAAAUGGAAAUUAAGGACAAUUUGCUCAGCAACAAAGAUCUUGAGGAAUUAUGCAGACAUAUCAACAACAGAAACCGAGCAGCCCAGCAUUCUCAGAAGCAAUCCACGGAGCUCUUCCAGUGCAUGUAUUUUAAAGACAAAGACCCAGAGAAUGAGGCACGUUGCAUAUCUGAUGGGGUUAUAUAUUCAAUUAGAACAAAUGGCAUACUCGUAUUUAUACCAAGGUUUGGAAUUAAAGGUGCCGCUUAUCUAAGAAAUAAAGAUGGUUUGGUGAUCUCAUGUGGCUCAGACAGCCGUUCUGAAUGGAAACCAGGAUCCCUUCAACGAUUUCAAAACAAAAUCACCUCUACCACAACAAGCGGGGAGUCUGUUACGUUCCAUUUGUUUGACCAUGUAACAGUGAGAAUAUCCGUACAGGCCUCCCGUUGCCAUUCUGAUACAAUCAGGCUUGAAAUAAUAAGCAAUAAACCAUACCUGAUACCAGAUGAAGACCUUUUUCAGCAGAGCUCCCUCCUGUUAAAGAGUGAUUUAGUGAAGGAAGUAACUAGAUCUGUGGAGGAGGCUCAGCUUGUCCAAGAAGUCAAAGUAAACGUCAUUCAGGAAGAUUAUCAGAAAUACUGUCAAACAAAGGGAAGAAGCCUAUACACACUCCUAGAGGAGAUAAGGGACCUAGCUCUCCUGGAUGUUUCCAACAGUUAUGGAAUGUGAAAUACUCUUUUUGCUUCAUUAAAAUAACUGUUUUGUGAACA